AUGGACAAGUUCCGGAUGAUCUUCCAGUUCCUGCAGUCCAACCAGGAGUCCUUCAUGAAUGGCAUCUGCGGUAUUAUGGCCCUGGCCAGCGCCCAGAUGUACUCCGCCUUCGACUUCAACUGCCCCUGCCUGCCGGGCUACAAUGCUGCCUACAGCGCCGGCAUCCUGCUGGCACCGCCCCUGGUGCUCUUCCUGCUCGGCCUGGUCAUGAACAACAACGUGUCCAUGCUGGCUGAAGAGUGGAAGCGGCCGCCGGGCCGCCGGGCCAAGGACCCCGCCGUGCUGCGCUACAUGUUCUGCUCCAUGGCCCAGCGCGCCCUCAUCGCGCCCGUCGUCUGGGUGGCCGUCACGCUGCUCGACGGCAAGUGCUUCCUCUGUGCAUUCUGCACAGCGGUGCCAGUGAGCCUGCUGGGCAAUGGCAGCCUGGUGCCCGGCCUGCCCCCGCCCGAGCUCGCCCGCCUGCUGGCCCGGGUGCCUUGCCCUGAGAUCUACGAGGGCGACUGGCUGCUGGCCCGCGAGGUGGCUGUGCGCUACCUGCGCUGCAUCUCACAGGCCCUGGGCUGGUCUUUCGUGCUCCUGACCACGCUGCUGGCAUUUGUCGUGCGUGCUGUGCGGCCCUGCUUCACACAGGCCGCCUUCCUUAAAAGCAAGUACUGGUCCCACUACAUCGACAUUGAGCGCAAGCUCUUUGAUGAGACGUGCACGGAGCACGCCAAGGCCUUUGCCAAGGUCUGUAUCCAGCAGUUCUUCGAGGCCAUGAACCACGACCUGGAGUUGGGUCACGCCCACGGGGUGCUGGCUGCUGGCCCCACUGGCUCAGCUGCCCCUGCUGCCACGGAAGGGGCAGAUGAGGAGAGGGAGAAGCUGCGUGGCAUCACCGAUCAGGGCACCAUGAAUAGGCUGCUCACAAGCUGGCAUGAGUGCAAGCCGCCCCUGCGGCUGGGCCAGGAGGAGCCACUGGUGGGCAACGGCUGGGCUGGGGGCGGGCCCCGGCCUUCACGCAAGGAAGUGGCCACCUACUUCAGCAAAGUGUGAGCCGCGGCCAGGUGAAGAGGUGGGAAUGGGGGUGUGAGCCCACAGCUCCUCAGACCCUCAAACUGGAUGAAGAAAUGGUUGUAGGCUCCAGAGCAGACCUACGUGCCGAGGCACUCACCUGCCCAUUUGAGGUGGGAAAUUUGGAGUUGGAAGGGGACCUCAGUCCCCCAGCUAUGGGACUAUCCUGGAAGGUCCUGGAGUUAUAGGGCCACGAGCAGUAUUAGUCAGAGGGAUUCAGAACUGCCUUUGCGGGAGACAAGCUCCCAUCUGCCCAGCCCCUCCCAGGCCACUUCACCCCUGGUUCACUGUCUCCUCUCACUCAGGCUCUGUGAGCACCUUGCCCCAGCAUUCACUCAUCUGUGAUUUUUUAAAAAAUCUUAGUUCCCUUAUGCUCAAGGCUCAGGGAAGUCCAGCCACCUCAUGAAGCAGGAAUCCUCUGAUUUUGGCUGGUCUCCUGAGUGAGGCUGAACAGACCAAAAUGGGCCAUAAGGACCCGACACAGCCCCACCUGAUGGGACACGCCUAUGGUCACAGGUGAUAAGAUAUCUAUCAGCAGGUAGGUCCAGUCAGGAGAAGCCAGGGUGUGGCUCACCAUGGAGGUCACUCAACAUCAUCAAGGCGGACUGCACACUUACUCAGCACUGGCACGAAAGGCCCCUGUCUUAG